AUGUCUCCAGAUCUGCAAACAUUUGAGAAAAAUACGAGCAAGGCCCAUUCUCAUUCCGUCAACAUCUUUCUUCACAUCCUUUUCCCCACUCAAUGCUGCAAAGUCACUUUUUCGAGCCGUCUAGGUCCAGUCGUCUCGUGCACUCGGCGCCAAAAGUCAACUACUCUUCAUGUCUGGGUACAUUGCGAUAAAUCUGGAGAAAUCCACAUGUCUAUUCUCUGCAUGGCAUGCCAACAAAUGGUCCACUCUCACGUAUGCAUAUGGCAGGGCCUCGUGGGGCCCUCAGCAAUACCCCCCUUUAGCCCUAUCAUAGUCAAACGCAUUGGUGAGGUUGGAAAUUGGCGAGUCGAACUUGUGCUCGGCUGUCAUCAAGUAUGGACAGAGGAGCUGUGCAAAAUGGACAGUGACGGUGAUGGAAUAACGAAUGGAGAAGAACUUGGUGUUCCAGGCUGUACAUGGGAUCGGAGAGAGCCAAAAUUGCUCCCCGAAGCAGAAAGUCAUCCUGGGGUCUGUGAGCCCCUCUACGACCCCAAAUGCUAUAAAUAUAAUCUGAGGUUCACUAAAGAGGAAAUGCCCUGUCUUGACAGAAACCCACCAAUAAUAAAAGACGAGAGUACCAAGUGGUGUGAAUUCUUCUUUGAUUCGUUCUGCGAGAAACUGCUCAAAUUGUUGGAGUGA